UGUGUUUUGUGCAUCUUUCUUUUCGCUGCGUUUUUAAUUUAUGCUAUCAGAGAGCAAAAAUUGCAUUUAAAGCCGUGUUAAUGUGUAUUUUUUGCCCCAAUGUGCGGACUCCAAUAAUGUGCUAAGUGCAUGAAUUUUUUUUAUUAUGAAGUGAAUGCAAUAAUUGAAGAAAACCACGCUAAAUCAAAAAGACGCGAACGAAGACGCUUAGAACAUAUACACAUAACAUGGAAGAUAUAGAAUAUCUCGAUGAGUAUAAAGAUCUAGUGAUGCCAGGCAUUAACAAAAACGUUUCGCGUGCGUCAGCGGCGGCAACUUCGGCGGCGUCGGCGCUUGGAUCUGGACAACGCCGCAGACGUCUUUCAUCGGAUUCGACUAAUUCAUCGUCCAUUGAUGCGGAUAUAUUCCAAAAGUUGUUCCAUGGCAAAUUUACUGACGAUGAGCUGCCUACAAAAAACAAUUCUAAGGGAAGGGGUAGGCGUUCACCAUUGUCCCCUUCCUCAAGUGAUGAGUCCAACGAUGCAUUAGAGGCUUUAUUCAAUCGAAAAACAAAUCUAGGAACUCAGGCCCAUAAGAGACGUGAACGUUACGAAUCCCUUGAUUCAAUUGAUGACUUAAGUCAAGCUUUGAUGCGUCCGACUCACAGAAGUAGUGCAACCAAACCAAAAAAAGCAUUUCCUCAGAAAACUAGCAAUAGCAGCACUAGUAAUAGUAAUAGGGGCAAUGUUUCAGCCAAGUCCACCUCAUCCCUGUCGACCAAAUCAAGUACCGGUCAACCAGCCAAAAGUAAAAGGUCUUCGGAUGUGUUUAGAUCAGGAGGACCUACCAAUGGCAACGUAGGCGGUCGAAACAAAGCUGUGACCAUUGUAAAACCCAUAAAAUCAUCUUUAUCGCCUAAUAAGCGUGAACCAAAAACAGAUCCAUUGAAUUUAAAAGAUUACAUAGACGGUUCCGAUAGUGACUCAUCCUAUGAAUAUGAAUCCGAUUUCUACGGAGAUGAGGAAGACGAUGACAUAUCGAAUCCCAUCAUUGAUUUAUCAACAGAUACGAGCAGAACCAAUUCGGUAGCGGACACUGUGACACCUGUUGUUUCUGAAGACGACGACCCGGCAGACGCCGCGGUACAGCAAGAGCAUCAAGAUCCGACUACAUCUACAGAGCCGCAGCCGCAACAAACAUCAAUGUGCGGCGACAAUGAACUUUUACAAUAUUAUUUGAAUAAUCUAAGCAAAGCUGAAACUCCGCCGAUAUAUAAAAAACUAAGUAGUGGCAGGAAAUGUCGCUCAAGUGAAAAGAAAUCUCCAUCUAACUCAUUGGAACAGGUUAAGCAUGGCGCCAUAGAGUCAGGCGGGUCAGUGGUCGAUAAAGAAGUCGCCACUGGCCCAGAGGAGAAUAGGGAUUCAAUAGAGACAGCUUGCUCAACAGAAAAACCUAAGGAAAAGCCAUACGACUUAAACGAUAGCCUAACUCUCGAAUCUGUACAGCGCAUGAGUCUGGAUCUGGCUGAGCAAAUAAUGCAAAUUGAUAAUGAGCGAACAAUUGAGUAUGAGCGGCAUUCGGGUUCGAAAGGGCGUAGUGUUCGUUCGAGAUCAAAUAUGUCCGACGAUCAUCCUAGCACAUCGAAUUCUAAAUCCUCUGCAUUGGCUCAUCGUCAUGUACGAAAAUUAACUUAUUCAAAUGAUCAGCUGGACAAGUGUGUGCCAUUAAAGGCAAAUGAAUUGAGACGCACACAGAGUGAUUCCGCUUUUCCAAAGCGUGACUCAAGGGGCAGGUUAAAUAAAAAGAGACAAAGUUCAUCAGUCGCAACAGAUCAAAGUAAUUCUACAGAAGUGGCCACCUCUUCCGUGCCAACAGAAACGCCAAUAAAACGAAAGCGUGGCAGGCCACGGAAAAUGAAACCCCAAGGAAUUGAAAUAAAAUCAUCUGAAACCAAACCAGAGAAUAAUACCGAAACCGAAUUGGAAUUGACGAAAGAAAAUAUUCAGAAUCCCCCCGAUAAGGAAAUUUCUAUUGUAAAGACGGAUAAUGAAAUUACGACACCCGAGACAGUAAGCUCUCUAGAAACGCCAGCACAAAUAGAGAACGAAAAUAAGGAUAGCACACUAACAGAAAAGACUAUUAAUGCAGCUGAAAAUCAAUUAAGCGCCAAAGAUGUUCGUGUAGAUGAAAAUGCAACGUUAGAAAUUCAUCAAUCGCAGAACGAAAUUCCCACCGAGGAUUCAAAACUAAUCUCAGAGAUUAAAAAUGUUCCUAAAGAUUUAAAACCAGUACAGGACUCUACAGAGGCGCUUGGAGCUCUUCCUGAAGUAUCAGUCAAAAGAAGAGCCUUACGCUCUGAUGAUCGCAAAUCUGAACUUAGUUCACAUGAAGUCGAAACAACUCCAUUGCAAGCACAAGCAAAUGAAAGUCGCAGUUCCAGGCGUAUACCAAAAAGCGAAACUCCAGUUCCAAUUACUGAGCAAAUGACAUCAAUACGGAAUAGGAGAAGAAAUGAUUCUUUGAAAUUGGCGAGUGAACAAUCAUCAGCAUCCACAACAUCUGAUAUUGAAAGAGAUAAAUCACCAAUUGGUAAACAGCCACGAAGUACACAAAAGCGUAACAAAGAUAAGUUUAUAAGAGACAAUAAAGAGUUGGCAUCAUCAUUAUCUCCCUUUGCGGAAAGAAUAACACGUAGUACUAAAAGGGAAGAAGCCAUAUUAGAGUUGCCUCAAGCCAGUGAUUCUAUUCAACAAAGGGGAGAAAGUACACGAAGUUCGGAGAGAUACAGUCGACGAGAUCCAGCAAAUAGAUCUCGUAAAGAGCUCGAAGCUGAAUCGACUGAGAAUUCGGAAAUAGCUAAUCAGCCCGAAUCGAGAACAGAAAAUCAAAAAUCUAAGGAAAAGAGUGCCAUCAAAAAGAAAACCAAAAAAAUUGUCGAUUCGCAACCAAAUGCGGAUCCCGAACUGGUUGAAAAGAAAGCUGGUGACAAAAGUGGAGACAUGGAAACCAAGAUACAAAACACAGCAUCUGAUGAGACGGAAAUAGUUCAGGAUGUCGAACCGAAUCCAAAACAGCAAUCUGGAGGCGACACGGAAAUGAAUCCAAUCGAAAAAAUCACAGAGACAAAAAUACAGAAAGAUGAGAACAUAAAACCCAUGAAGGAUGACGAAGUAAUAGAACCAGUUCAGGAGUCAACUAAAUCAAAUUUGGAACAAGAUAAUAAUGUAGAGUCAGAUCUCGUAGAGCAAACUACAGAUGAUUUAGAAAUAAAUCCUUUUGAAAAAAUUGCACAAGACAAAAUAGAGAAAGAGGAGAACAUAAAACCCAUGCAGAAUGAAGCAAUAAUAGAGCCAGUUCACGAGUCAACUAAAUCAAAUUCGGAACACGAUAAUAUUGUCAAAGAUAAACAAAAUACGGAAGUAGAAACGGAGCAACCCGAAAAGUCUGAAGGAAAAAUUUCUGAAAAUUCCACAAUCGAAAAGAAAAGACUUAGACCGAAAAAUAAAAACGUUUUGGAUAAAGUGAUAGGAGAUUCUGAGAUUGAGCCAGCUGAACAAAAAGCUAAAUUAAAAUCUGGUAAAAAGAAAGGCAGACAAAAUGACAAUGAAUCUGAAAUAUUGGUUCAAGCAGAAUCUACUCAAGAGAUUGCUACAGAGGAGACAUGUCUAGAUUUGGAUAGAGAAUCAAGGUUUAAAAAGGAAACUUCCGUUUCCGUGGAGGGGCCUAAACAAACGCAAGAGGAAGCAAAUUUCGAAAACAGGGUAGAAGUCUGUUGCAAAGAGAAAAGUACAAAAACUGUUUCACCAGACGCCGUACCACAAGUGGGUGAGGAAGUUGCUGUAUUAAAGGCUGAUGUGAACAAGAAAGUGGAAUUAAUUCAAACAUCUGUCGAUGGAGAAAUAGAACUGGUUACCGAAAAUACAUUAGAAUCGAAUGAACAUGAACAAAUUCAGAAUGAAGAAGCCGAAUCUAUGCAAACUGAAAUAGAGUCUCCACCAGAACUCAAUAUAGAGGAAACGCCAGUGGAAAAUGAAGUUAAUUCAAUAGACGAAGAACCCGAUGCAGUUCAUGGUAAUGAUGCCAAAUUAGAUUUUGAACUUGAACAAGCUGCACAAAUUGGGACCGAACUAACAGAAACAAAUGAUAUUAAAAAAGUAGAUGAAAUCCCAUGUGCGUUAGAAAGUGAACCAGUUGAGAAAACAAUUUUCGAAGAAUCAAAUUCUUCUGUUAUUGUGAAUGAAUCGAAUGACACUAAAACUGAAGUUGAUGAACAAACAAUGAGUUCUAAGGAACUGGUAGCGCAAUCAUCUAUUGAAACUAAUGAAUCGGCGUCGACAAAGAAUUUAUCAUUAAAAACGGUGAGAACAACCAAAUUGCGUUCUGUCAAGAAAAGGAAAGCCCUAAUUGCCAGAAGAAAAAAGAAAUACAGAACAAAAAAUAUUGAUGAAGCUGUAGAAGUUCAAGAAACGGUUCCAAUCGUUGAAUCCUUAGAAUUCACAGAACCUCUUCAGCCUGCAAAGAUAGAAAUCCAGAAAUCUUCAACGUCUACAUUAAGCACAGAUACCACCACCUCCUUAUCGCCCACAUCUGGUACAUGUCGGAAGCUGCGAGUUCUUGUCAAGCGAACACCAACAUGUUUAAAAGGUGAACGGCGGAGCUUGACUACAGGGAAAAAGUCAAAUCGAUUUGCGGAGAAAUUGGAUUCUAUUGACGAAUCCCCGGUUAUUUCUAGUGCUACUGAAAAACCUAAUGAAUCAGACAAACCAGACCAAGCGCUGACAGAAAUUAAAGAUAAGGAGACUCCAAUUAUUAACCAGGAAUCCCUCGAAAAAAAUAACACAGCUUUAGAUGACAUCGCUUGCAAUCCCAGUGACGAGGUUGCUCUUGCUCCUUCGGCAAGCUCUAUAAUAAACGAGUCAGAAACAACAGGUGUCACACACGAAGAGGAAUCCAGCCAGUUAGAUGUAGCUGCCAAACAAAAGAAAAUAGAAGAGCAAAAAAAGGAUUUGCAUCCAAUAGUAAAGAAUCAAGGACGUCGUCGCAAGCAAGUGAAUGAAGAGGAGCAACCUAACAAAAAACGUACCAGACUAGAUACUGAAAUAAAGACGGUUGGAAAGAGACAUGUUACAACAAUUGGACAGAAGAAGACUUUAUCAAGUGGCGGUCGCGGAAAUAUUGAAACAUCCACAGAGUCUAUUAAAAAACCACUGAUACAAACUCUCCUAGGACCAGAUGUGAGCCUGCGGAAGCCUGAAAAUGUCAACAAAUCGAUGGACUCUAAGAAAAUUAAUUCAGAUGAACAGAGCUACGUCACCGUAUUAACAAAAAAACCGACAGUCGCCGCAACUGCGACAAGUCAGGAGACUAAAAGUGCUCACACCAGUGUCGGAGCAGCUCCCAGAAAAGUUAAUAUAUCGAUUAGUGUUUUACCACCCAAAGAGGUUGAGGUUGAGUUGCCUGUGGCUAGUACGAUAACUGAAAAGAGAAACAUUACUGCAUCCACUAUGGUGAGCAAGAAAAAUAAGUGUAUUCCUAACAAGACGACGCCAAUCGCUCCCCCUAAAAAAGCAAACUUGUUAAAUGCAGCUAAAAUUCCUGACAAGAAUUUGUUAGCCCAAUCGGAACAAAGUAAAAAAUCUGAGCCACGCAAGUCCGAAGUUAAAACUGGAUUAGAAGCAACUAUUGCGCCUGCUACUAAACCCUUGGCCAAGGCGAAACAGGGCUCUGAGGCGGUAGCCAAAACAGAUAAAACAGUUGUUGAACAUCCUGUCAAGCAGUUACCAGAGCCACAGCUACAGUUGGAAUUAGAGGUAUCUGCUAAUAAAUCUCUUGAACAGCAGAAAAAGUUGCCGUCACGUAAAUCGGAAGGAGGUAAAGCACGCAGAAGUGCGAUUAAAACUGAUCCUCUGUCUAACACCAUUGAAAGAAAAUCCUUACCAUUGACAAGACCAAGUCAAGAAUCCAGUUCUAGCAGCACAACACUAAAGGCCAGUGAAGUGGAAAGCUAUGAAUCUGCGGAAUCUCUAGAUCAUAGCUUAAGUUUGGUUAAGCGCAAGUCACAGGAUAAUAAGCAGUCCAGCGAUGGCAGUGAAAAAGUCCUUUUGGAAACAGAAGUUGUCUCAUCUUCAAUGGACGCGUCGAAGGACCAACUGGUGGAAAAGAAAUCGCGAAAAACUGUUGCUUCUGUUACUACACACAUGACACGAUCGUCUAGUUGCAAUCGAUCGUUGUCUGCAACACCAAUUGCAACGCCACAAAGGCAACGUAAGGUCCCAAAUAAAGUGUCAGGAGUUCCGCUAGUAUCUGGAAAGGUGGAAGCGCAAGAACUUCCUGCGACCCCGCGCAUGAAUUCACGUCGUUCGCAAAAGGAUCUAAGUACUCCCUACUUAGAGCUGGUAAAUCAUGGCUAUACCAGAAAACGCAAAAUGCCAGCUAAUGCAGCAACUGAUGCAAAACGGGCAAAGCAACAGCCACAACCAAAUGAAGAAACGAAAAGUACCGAGUCGUGGGCAGAGGAAAUGCUGGCACAGGAGGUUCGUGUUGAGGUAGAUAUUCCGCAGCAGCAAGUACAACAAAAUGAAAUGCAGCUAGAGCAAACGGAUCAGAAUAGAAAGCAUCAGUCGCAAAAUCUACAGGAGGAAGUCGUCCAACCAAUGGAAACAGAUGUACAGCUUCAAGAAGUACAAGAGACUGCGGUACAGCAAAAUAAGGAUGUUGAUCGGCAGCAAGAAGAGCACACGAAUGUAGCUUUCCCAGUGAUGAUAACCGCAGCAAUAGACAAGCCUCCACUGGCAGCAGCAACUUCAGCAAGUAUAGUGGCUCAUCCAAAUCCAUCGGAUACUUUAGUAGAGGAAGUACGAACUAUACGGCGGUGUCGCGUUCGUCUUAAUCGUAAGAUUGUCCGAAAUUGGAUUAACGAACAGCAUCAAAUACUACAACAACAACAAAAACAAGAGGAGCAAAAAAAAAAAAAGAAUGUGAAAACAAAGAGCGAGAAGCUGCAGCUGAUACCGCAAAUGAAUCAAGAUCCUCCCCAAGUUCCCCCUCAAGUUCCACCCACUCGGUCAAUUGAGGACCAGUUGCCAGCAUUGCCAACGUUACACGAAAUUGAACAAGUACAUGAAACGCUGCCUCCGCCCGAACCAACUCCUGCGAGGGAAGAGGUCAAGAGUGAGGCGGAAGAUAUUCCUGUCGUAGAGCCAGUAUCUCAACCGAUGGACAUUUCACCAGACCCCACACCAGCAGCGACAUUAGCUCCAUCCCAUGCCCCUCAUCAGGUUAUCAGAAUUAAUGCUCCGACUCGUUCGGCUAGUAAUCAAAAUAAUGCCACUUCAAUUGGUGGUAGUGGUGCUGCUGCUGGCCAGCUUCCAUUUGGAAGUACAAAAAUGUUCUCUUUUCUUUAUCCAAUGCGAUAUCAGCACUCAUAUGGGGCUGUUGGUCUUGACUUUUGUUGCCCCAAUUUGGAUGGACCGAUGCGGGCCAUUGAUCCGACUCGCUUACACGACAAGGUUGAAUUGCCAGUGUUGGAGUUGCCCCAGUAUAUGGUUAUAUCAACGAAGUUCAUAUCUAAGCAAGACAAAAAUAUACCUAACAAGGUGCGAGCGAAGAUGGCAGAGAUGGCCAAAGAUGGUAAACCUUUAACCGGCCAGACCAUUCAAACUGGCAUGCUUACGCCAGAUCCAAUUUUAUCUGUAACAAAUGAUGCAUCAGCACCAGUAUCAGUCCCACCAUUGGCACCGAUUCCCGUUCCCAGUUUGCUUACUGCAGCACCGGCUUCAAUUCCUGAACCUGAAGUUAGUUCAAUUGACGCCUUGUCAAGACAAUUGCCAAGAGGCACAACGUUAACUAAAAAGGUAUUGCCACCGGGUGCAAGUAUGCCCCUACAGGCCGGGUCAUCCAAUGCUUCUCAAUUGGGACCACGAGAAUUAAUUCAACUGCCACCCAUUUGUCCUGCCGAUAAGCAGCGUUGUGAACUACAAACUCGUGUGCAGCUGUUUGAUUUGGUGCUGCAGGAGCUAAGUAGGCGUGCCACCUUGUUGACAGUUGCAGAACGUCAGAAAACAAUCGAAGAAAUUGUUAAGACCAGCACCCUUUUGCCCAUAGAUGUUGAUGUUGGCACCAAACUGCUCGAAAACUAUGUAUAUUAUCUUAAUAGGGCUACGAAUAGUAACAUCCCAGUGCCAUCUUACCGCAUAAACACGGUGGCUCCAGCGACAACAAUGCCAUCCCCAGCAAUGACCAAUACACAAUCGCCAGUAAGCAACUCAGUUCUGAGUAAGUGCACUCCGAGGAAACUGCCGGCAAGCAUCCCCCUGUACGACUCGGAUCGCAACAUCAUCGGCUAUCAGCGUCUCACAGAAAGUGUCACAACAAAAGGAUUGCCAGUUACCUGUAGCACAUCAAUUGUCCCCACACAGCUGACACAAGAUCACCGGGUAUUGUCAACACCGGCAGAUAAAACAAAUGCCAGGGCCACUGCAAUCACCCACAGAAAGGUUGUUGCCAAAACGAUGACUCCGCCAGCCCACUGGACAUCUCCUGAGGAAACAGGUCCAACCAUUCGCAGUAUAAAAAAUAUUGGUAAUGGUAAAAUGAUAUCGUUUAAUCCACCGUCAGUUCAAAAACCAUCAACAACAUUUAAGCCGCAAACAAUCACUAAAAGCCCUGCGAUUGGCAACGUUUCUAAUCCAACAAGAAGUAAACCCAUAACAACACCUGCUCCAAUUUCAGUUCCCGCCGCCCCCAAUAUCACGCCGAAUCUUUUCGUUGUGAAUCAGGUAUCAGCGCAACCAGAGGAAUGCAUCUUGCCCGAUGUUACAAAUACAGUUCCUUUGGAAACUGAGAUAAAAGGCGAGGUUGAGGAUGUGGUGGAAAUCGUUCCUUGAAAUAGGACAGAAACUUAAUAUUAAAAGAAUGAAUAUUAAAUGAAUUGUUUUUAUUUUAAGUUACUUUUAACUGGUAGGCUUAGUCCAAUGAUAUUAAUCGUCCCGUGACACAAACACAGCUUAUGUCAAACAUUAUUCUGGAGUCAUACAAUUAAUUUCUGCAACCCUUUCGUCGUAUGACCUAAUCGUAGGCAUUAUGUGAAACAUUAUUUUGGAGUAGAAUUUGUAAAAAUGAGAAUGCCUGUUCCGGCACAAAUUUUUUGAUAUUAUUCCCUACUAAAAUGAAAUCGAAAUUUUUUUAAAGUGAUUUAAGCAAAUGAAUAUAUAAAGUAAAAACCGGAACAGUCUCAUAUUUAGUCGUAAAUAUAAAUACUUUUUUUUUUAAUAAAUAUACUAAACAUAAAAUAAAUUGUGGCUGUCUUCAAUUAACAAUGAAUUUCCAUUUUUAAACGCUAUACUAAAUACAAGUAUUAAAUGCAGAGAACUUUGCGAAAUCGAAAUUGAGAACAUCCUUCACACAUCGAUAAGUCAUCGAUAUGUUAAGCUUUCGGUCAAUGACGAAAUACUUUGAAAACAUCCACAAAACUUGGUAUUUAAAAAUAAAAGAACACUCAACUGAAAGGUUUAGUUUCGAAAAGUAAACAAAAUGACAGAAAGCGACCAAAAAGCAGAGGAAUCAAAAGCUAUACAUACAAACUUGCUGGCAUUGUAUCCCAACCUGGACGAUCGCUUAGAAAAAUAUAUGAGAUUGUUUUGUUAUGUGAAUCCCGAUAAAGGUCCUACGAAAUGUGAUCUAACAAUCGUAGAAUAUUUGGGAGUAUUCAGUCUUAUAGAUGUUCGGGCACCAAGACGUAAACUUUGGUAUAUAUACUACAGUCGAUCGGACGAGAUUGGUAACACCGUGGAUAGGAUUCAUAGGAAAUAUGGCCAAAAAAAUAUGUAUGAAUUGUUUCGCAAACCGAUCUGUAGUGGGGCUGAUUUACGGACGUCGGUUAAAAAACAUUUUGGCAAUCUAAAAUGGCGUGUAAAGGGAAAUUUAUUGGAAGCCCCCCCACAAAGUGCUUACACAGAUGAAAAAGUAAUCAAAAUAUCAUUGAUGUAUACAAUGCCGAAAGGCGUAUAUAUUAUGAUUACCUAAAGGAACGGAAUGAUUAUUUGGCUCAGUGGAAUAAAUUCUUUUCAACGUAGACUUAAUCCA